CGCACAGCUCGAUGUUUCGAAAAAGAUUGAGCAGGAGCUUCAAAAUGAACUAGAUGCCCAGCGAGCGAAAAGCAUUCAUCGCGAAGAAGACUUGCGAUACCAGCACAAGCUUACAAUGGAGGCUUUGAGACAGUCAGAGGCAUCCGAACGGUCGAAAUUACAAACUACAAUAACUCGUUUAAAAGCGGAUAUGGAAACGGAGAAGAUACGAUUUGCUUCAGACCUAGAUGAAACGAUGUCCAAGCUGAAGAAAGAAGCAGAAGAACAGGCUUUGCAGGCGUCACAGCGACAGUUUGAACUUGAACUUCGAGUUCGUUUGUAUGAAGAUAUGUAUAACCGCGUUGCAGAGAACAAGAACGAACUGCACAAACAAAUUGAAGCCAAAGACAAGCAGAUAGCUGAAUUGGAAGCCACAGUGUCUUCGACUCGGAAUGAAGUAGGACUCCUCCAAACCAAAAUUCAUGAACAGCAAACUGCUUUGGACAUGGAAGAACAACGAGUAGCAGCUGCGGAGACAGCGCGCAGUCGUUUAGAGGCCGAUUCAAAGUCUGAAAAGCAAAGGUUAAUGGACCAACUGGAAGAAAUGAGAUCCCAACUGGAUUGGCACAAAAAGGAGCUUCAGACUGCAACACUCGUGCGCGAAGAAGCGGCAACUGCCGCGUCGUUGGAGAAUCAACGACUUUUAGAAGCGCUUUCAAAGGAGCGAAAAGAAACCCAGAAAAUGAGCAGUUUGUUAGAAGAAGCGCAGACUGCACGACAGUUGGCGGAGCGCAAGGCUCGGGUGGCCCGCAGUGAAGCGAAACGCCUCGAGAAAGAUCUCAAAUCAGCACUACUUUCCAACCCCGUCCCCAAUGAAGCGCCUCGAAAUUGUGACAACCAACAUUUGCUCGAGCAGUUGGAAAAACUGCAAGACACGUGCGACAAGUUGGAGACGGAAAACGUUGGCCUGAGACGUUCGAUAAACGUCAUGUCCACCCAGGCACAUUUAGUCGCUGAGCACAGUGAAAAAAUGCGCAAAAACCCGGGUACCGCAUCAGAUAAACAAACCCAAACAGCGCCACUGAGAUAUAACUCGGAGCUUUCUCACAAACUACGGGCUGCUGUUGAGGUGAUCAGACGAUUGGCAGAGGAGAAACGAAUACUCAUCGAACUUAGUAAUCGCCAUCAGGCUCAAAUCCGUCAACUCACAAGUCAGCCGAAUGCCUUGGGCCAAUCAAAGCAAAGCCCUAAAGACUUGGUGUCCAGCAGGACGACCUAUAGUGGACCGCUUAUGCUGGCUCCUGGGAAUAGGAAAUUCUGGCCAAGUGCCCCAUACACCACAUGUGAAACAGAGGAUUCCGGUUCUUCCAUACCAGGGAAAGAAUCUGUCACCGCCAUUUACAACAUGCUUGACGAAACUGUAUCCCAUCUGGAUGGGCUACCGAAUAGACUGAUCACCACAAAAUUGCUUUGA